UGGCUGGUGGAGUCGCCCCGCCACUGGAGUGUAGAAACAGCGCCAUAAUUAAACAGCUUGUUGUUUUGUGCCGAAUCAAACUUUCACAGAUCCGCUGAACUGAAGUUAACUCAGAGUUUGUGACUUCAUUUAACGUUCCGUUACCGACCGAGAGGCGCGAGCUCAGUCCCGUAUGUGACGCUAACGGAGCUAACGGAGGGAGCCGAUCCUCUGAUGCUAACCAGGCUAACGUUAGCAGGUGUUAGCAAGUCACCGCGGUGUUUCCGGCGUUUAGUGACCGUUAACAGUUCCAGUGUGCCGGCCGCAGCAGGGAUGAGCUGCCCGGUGAAGCUCCAGGCUCUACCGACCGGAGUGUUUGACACGGUCUUUACACCGGAGAACGUGAGAGGAAGAGCCUCGAUGAACUCCGUCACUCCGCUCAGUUUCCCCAAAUCCAGAUCGGCUCUGUGGGACGGCAGCCCUGCUGGAGAGAAGCUCCGCCUCCAGCUCUGCGCUCACAGGAAGCCUCGCCUGGUGCUGUCAGAAAAAGCUCUGCGUCUGGCUCAGCGUCACGCCCGUCACAGCAACAAGCCCCGCCUCCUGUGUUUCCUCCUGGGAUCAGUGUGUGUCGACGCAGAUGAGGAGGGCGUCACUGUGACUCUGGACCGCUUUGAUCCGGGUCGGGACCAGGGCGGAGCCUCAGGCAGGGUCCCCUCUGCUCUGCUGCCUGGAGACGUCCUGGUGCCCUGUUUGUUCUCCACACAGACUGAGGCCGCGUCUGACGCUGUCGUCCAAUCAGAGGCUGAGCUACAUCACUGCUUCAAGGCGUUGCAGCAGUGUGUGAGCAGCAGACAGACUCUGGGACUAUCUCAGCUGAUGGAGGUCAGAGGUCAUGUGAUCGUGUCUCACCAGUCUGACGCUGCGACAUUCGUCCUCAGCUGGUCGGCUGUCUGUCCGUCUGUCAGCGUGGACGUUCAGCUGGUCCGGGCCGUUCCCAUCAUCCCCACCGCUCUGCUGAGGAGUCUGACCAGCAUCCACCGGCCGCCGCCGCACGCCACCAAUCGACAGAGAGGGUUUCUCACCAUGGAUCAGAGCAGGAAACUGCUGCUGCUGCUGGAGUCUGAUCCCAAAGCCUCCAACCUGCCGCUGGUCGGACUCUGGCUGAGUGGGGUCACACACGUCCACAACCCUCAGGUGUGGGCCUGGUGUCUGAGGUUCCUGUUUAGCUCCGCCCUCCAGGACAGAGUUCUGUCAGAGAGCCGCUGUUUCCUCCUCGUCCUGUUUGGCUCCACCCACAGAGCUCCUCAGUUCUUCCAGUGUCGAGGACCAGGACCAGGACCAGGACCAGGACCAGGACCAGGACCUCAGCUGGACUACCAGCUGCUGACGGCCUCCCAGAGUGUCACACUGUACCAGCAGGUGGCGUCGGUGGAGGGUCGGACUCUGCAGUGUGAGCUGGACUCAGAGGAUCACAGCAGACAGAUGGACAUCUUCAGAGACGCUCUGACCUCCUUCAACAGAGCCGUCCCUCCUGCUGUCGGUCUGUCUGUCAGCGAUCAAGACUCCGGAGUCGAGGACGAAGACGUGUCUCCACGACCGUCCCCGAGUCCCCACCCCCCCGCUCAGCAGGUUCGGAGGGUUCAGCCGUCUGUUCCUGAACUCUCUCUGCUGAUUGACGGCAGCUUCGCCUCCAAUCACAGCGGCUGGCAGGACCCUGGCUCCGCCCACAGGCCUCCUCCUGCUCCUCCUGCCGCUGAUAGGAAGUCUGCUCCUCCAACCGGAAACAUCUCUGCCUCCUCCUCAGCUCCCAGACCUGCUGCUCCUCCUCACCUCCACAGCACCCCCAACUCCAACGUGCAGCAGCCCUGCACCUGCUGCUCCACCCACACCUACAACUGCACCUCCAUCUUCUCCUCCUCCCCGGGGCUCCACCCUGCCACUGCUCCUCCACCUGCUGCUUACUCACAUCAUCACCACAACACUCCUCCUGCUCCAUCCAGUCUCCACUCUGCUCCUCCACCUCCACCUGCUCAGUCCCAUCACAACACUCCUCCUCCAUCCUCCUAUCAUCACACUCCUCCUCCAUCCUCCCAUCGCCAAACUCCUCCUCCAUCCUCCCAUCACCAAAGUCCUCCUCCAUCCUCCCAUCGCCAAACUCCUCCCCACUCCAGCGACCCUCCUCCAUCCUCCCAUCGCCAAACUCCUCCCCACUCCAGCGACCAUCUGACCACUCCUUCUGUCCCUCCUUCCUCCAGUGACGAUACUCCUCUGUCCUCCCAUCACCAUACUCCACCUCCCCCCUCCACUGCUCCUCCUCUCUCCACACUCCUCCCUACUCCUCCCUGUCCCCGCAGCUGCCCUCCUCCCGCCCUGUGGUGCAGUGACCUCCCCUCUCCUCACCCCUCCUGUCCGGCAUCAGACGCUGCGUCUCCCCCCUGGUUCUCCCGCCCCUCCUGCAUGAAUCAGUUUUGUGAUCAGGUGGGCGGAGUCGUCCCGUCUGACGCCUACCAGCUCCUCCUUCAUCAGGACCGACAGCUCCGCCUCCUACAGGCGCAGGUCCAGAUGUUGCUGGAGGCUCAGGGGAAACUUCAGUCCUCCAGUCGGCAGGUCGACACUCACACCCCCCCGAACACUGCCAGCAUCGCUGUAGGGACAGGUGCCAGUCUGUUCUGGGGGGAUCCUGUCCAGUUCCCCCUCCCCCAUCAGGAGGGACAGGCUCCUCUCCCCUCCUCCCCCACGCCUCCACACUCGUCCUCUCUCAGCCCCUCCUCCUGCAAACCCCCAUCACACACUGACCUGUCCGUCAUUGGGCCAGUGGAUGGAGCUGAGGAUGGUGACAUCACAGGUCAGGGGGCUGCCUGCUCCCCCUCUGGUCAGCACAGUUUCAGCCGUCUGCAAAGUCCAGUCCUGGGAGAGAGUGUCAGCUUGUACGGAGCUGCAGACGACCAGCAGAGCUUCUUCCACAGCCUAAAGAAUCAGCUGACCAGUCGUCUCCAGGAGUCAGAUGGUAAACAGGAAGUGGAGCAGGAGGAGUCCAGGAGGAGGAGCCUGUCUGCGGUUUCUGACCACUCCCAGUCCUCCCAGUGUUCCCAGUUCUCUCAGUCCAGGAGCAAACAGAGCUGUGGUAGAGACCUGGUGGUCAGUGCCACCGUGAGGCAGCUGCAGCAGCUCGGAGUCGACGUAGACCGAGAGGAUCUGACGGCGUCAGACAGACGAGUGCAGCAGACUGUGGAGAGCAGCAGCACUCUGGCGAGCAUCAACCCGGCGGCCGUUCUGUCUCGACUGAGCGUGAGUGAGCCGACAGCGAGCUCGCUGUUCCCAGGAGGCAGCGUGGAUCUGAGUCUAGAGGCCAACGCCAUCGCCCUGCGCUACCUGAGUGACUCUCAGCUCAGCAGACUGUCUCUGGGAGGCCACACCCCCUGCACAGGCCCCGCCUCCUCCAACAACUCCCUGCUGUCGCCCAGCAACAUGUCUCUGGCCACCAGGAAGUACAUGAGGAGGUAUGGCCUGAUAGAGGAGGAAGAGGAGGAGGAGGAGGUCGAUGCUCAGAAGGUGUUGGUUCGCCAGCCGCUGACCGAAGCUCUGAAUGUGAAGCUCCUCCCACAGAGUCAGCUGAUCCGGGACCUGAGGCCCAAAAUGCAGCUGUUAGCUGGCGGCACCAAACCGACCGCAGCCGACAAGGAGAACUGUUCCAGCAGGCGGCCAUCUUUAGUGAGUGCGGGCAGCCUUGAGACGGAAGGAUCAGUUGGAAACAUCCUGGACCUGAGCCGCCUUAGACAGCUGCCCAAACUCUUCUGACUCUCUCGUAUUUAAAAUGGAGUCUGGUCUGAGCUGCGGCGCCCAGUGCGGAGACCGAUUAGACUUUAAACAGCCACCAAAUACUUUACACUGAAAUUUAAACUUUUACUUUGGAAACUAUCUGAAUUCAUGUUGAUAUAAAAUCUGAAAUUUCCUGAUUUGCAGUUUUAAAAGUUGAUUUUUAUUUUAUUUUUUUCUCAAUUUUCACAAAUUCAGAUGCAAAAUUUCAAGUUUCAGGAUAAAAAACAAAAAAGAUUCACAUUGGUCAAAACGUGUAACAGGAACACCUGGGCUCCGUGUGACAGGACAGGUUUUGUCAUGCUUGUUUCUGGAUCUGAAUACGACCAAUCAGAUUACAGCAAUAUCAGUCUUUUUAAAUUCUUUAACUUCUUAAACUAAAACAAAUCUGUGAACGUUGUGGAAGAAGAUGAUUCAAAUUGAGCUUUUUAAAAUCAAAAAAUAUAAAAAUCUAAAUUCAGUUUUCAAAGACAAAGUUUUAAAUAUUUUCAGUAUCAAACAUUCAGUGACUGUUUGAAUUUAAAUCCUUGUGUCUCUGAUCAGCUCCCGUACAAGCUCUGAGCUGGUCUGACUUGUGUCCUGCUUCGUGGUGGAACUGGUUUUACUGGAAGCCCUCCAUCUUCAGUCAGCUGUGAGAACUGGUGUGAAACACUCUGUGUCCGACCGGCUGCAGCGUCUCAAAGCUGAUCUUAUGAAACGUGCUAACGUCCUGGUUUUUAUGGACUUACUGGUUUUACUGGAAAUCUGCCACCUUGUGUCUGUUUUGACUCUUUUUAUCGGAAGUUUGUGUGUUUGAGCUUUUUGUCGUCACUUCCUGUUUUAAUGUGAAAAGUCUUUUGCACAGAUUGUUUUUUUAAUAUUUAUGAUUUCACAAAUAAAACUCGUCACACUUUUAACACCUGAACAUGUUUCUAUGUGACGACGUCAGAGCCGCACACACGCCUCGUUUUUGUGUGUCCUCAAGUCAGUUGUCGAUGUGCAGCAGGCGUGAUCAGAAGCGGUGCGAGCAAAUGUGGGACAUCUGAGCUUUGGUUUCCCAGGCUGAUGAAGAUGCUGCUGAUGAAGAUGCUGCCCGUCAAAGGAAAAGUUUAAUAUUUCCUGAAAUGCUGAACAUUAAAGGGGCAGUUCACAUGUUCACACGUUCACAUGUUGUGCUGUGUGAGGCACUGAUCCACAGUCAGUGUGUUUCCUACAGCAGACGUCAGUCAGCAGUUUGGAGUCUGACAUGGAGGAUGAAGGACGUCCUGCUGUGGGCGGAGUCAGAAACUAAAUGUGUUUUAGACUCCUUAAAAAUCAUCCUCAGUUUAAGUGUACGUUAUAUUGAGAAUAUUUUCACUGCUUCAUCUUAAUGUCACACUGAUGAUAGACGGGACAAUGAAGCUGUUUUCUCUCUCGUCACAGC